AUCAGACUGCGCCGAACACAGACGCUAGGAGGCGCUGCACCGCAAGUACAUCAUAGACCUACAUAGACUGUAACUCCCCCCUCCAGCAGGUGGCGCUGCGGCGUCCAAUGUGUGAAACACGGAACAGCCGUGGAACACGAAGAAGAUGAGGAACUCCUGCACGUGUGCUCACACUGCGCCUGCUCGCUCAGAGAGACACACCGACACAGACCGAGGAGACCGAGAACUUCAAUCUAACAAUUUAUACCAGACAACAUGAGGCCAGGGUUCAGUCCUCGUGGAGGAGGAUACAGAGGAGGGUCCGGUGACCGAGGAGGAAGAGGAGGAUUUGGUGACAGAGGAGGAAGAGGAGGAUUUGGUGACAGAGGACGAGGAGGAAGAGGGGGAAGAGGUGGAGGAUUCAGGUCUCCUGAUGGAGGAGGAUUCAGGGGUCGGGGCGGUGGCAGAGGGGGCCCGAGAGGAAGAGGAGGCUUUGGAGAUAGAGGGAGGGGAGGCAGAGGAGGCUUUGGAGCUGGGAGGAAGGUCAUGGUGGAGCCACACAGACAUGAAGGUGUGUUUAUCUGCAGAGGAAAGGAGGACGCUCUGGUGACGAGGAACAUGGUGGUGGGAGAGUCUGUGUAUGGAGAGAAGAGGAUGAGUGUGGAGGAGGGAGAGACGAAGAUUGAGUACAGAGCCUGGAACCCAUUCAGAUCCAAACUGGCAGCAGCCAUCUUGGGAGGAGUCGACCAGAUUCACAUCAAGCCGGGGGCAAAGGUCAUGUACCUGGGAGCUGCUUCAGGAACCACAGUGUCCCACGUGUCAGACAUCGUCGGACCGGAGGGUCUGGUUUACGCCGUGGAGUUCUCUCAUCGAUCAGGUCGUGAUCUCCUCAACGUGGCGAAGAAACGCACAAACAUCAUUCCCAUCAUCGAGGACGCUCGUCACCCGCACAAGUACCGCAUGCUUGUUGGUAUGGUGGAUGUGAUCUUUGCUGAUGUAGCUCAGCCUGAUCAGACAAGAAUCGUUGCUUUGAAUGCUCAUAACUUCCUGAAGAACGGAGGACACUUCGUCAUCUCCAUCAAGGCUAACUGCAUAGACUCGACGGCGGCUCCUGAGGCGGUGUUUGCAGCUGAGGUGAAGAAGAUGGGCGCAGAGAACAUGAAGCCACAGGAGCAGCUCACACUAGAGCCAUACGAGAGAGACCACGCCAUUGUGGUCGGCAUUUACAGACCUCCACCCAAAGCAAAGAAAUGAGUGAUGCCGAGACUCUGGGAGACCGAUCACCACCUGCUUUACGUUCUGCCCAUGUUUAUAUCGAACGUCCACCACCACACCUCCACCUGCCUGACCGCUGACCGACUGCUGGACUCUCUUUGUUAUUGAGUUAUUGUUAUUCAGGUCUGUGUCUUCAGAUACAGAUGGUUUACACAGACGGGAUGAACAGUUUAUUUUUCCUGUAGCGGUCCGAACCUUUUAUUUCCUUAACCCUGCUCUGAGCUCGUCUCUGAGCUAACAGGUUUGUUUUAAUGAAAUCAUGUUUUCUGCCCCUCCUUCUCUAUACCUGUGCUCCUGAUACUGUACAGACUGUACAGUCUCCUCGUCACACCUGAAUGUGUGAACGUUGUCCCACCUGAUGUACAGUGAGGAGAAGUGUCUGUGUUGUUUUGUGUCUGUGUAAUAACUCCCUGUAGAGAAGGAGGCUUUAAAGCAGGUGUUUGGAGGUGAGCUGGGGGGCCCUGUGUGUACAGAUAUACUCUUUCUCUCUAUCCUAGGAUCAAACUGUUGUUAUAGAUUUUGUUGUAUGAAGAAGGAUGGUUGUGAUUUACAACUGUUUGUUUUUGACCUGAUGGAUGGCUUUGUUUUAAUAAAAUAUUUACUAUUCUUGUUUA